AUGUCGAUGCAGGUACAUGCUCUCGACAUGACUGUCCAGUCUGUCAACUGCACAGCACUCAACUGGGUGGUCACCCUCUCGCAGAGCGAAUGGACCGUUGCGUCCUACGUCAAUCUCAUCUUCACCACUACGACGCAGCCAGCACGCAACUACUCGCUGAGCUACACCGCUUCUCGAUUCGGCGACUUUCCCCAACCGGGCACGUACAGCAUGGUCACGCCCUUCGGCAACACUGUGCUGAGUGGCAGCUAUCGAAUGGGUGUCGCGCUGGCCGAUCAGCAAGGCGACCUCCUCCCCGCCACCACCUCGUUCAUUUCUGCCGCUGUGCAGGUUUCCGAUCUCGAUCCGCGCGUGUUCACGUUCGACGCUUGUUCCAGCUCGCUCGGCGCGGUCGUCGCUUCGUCGACUGUAGCAUCCUCUUCUUCCACCAGCAGUGCUUCUGUCGCCACUUCUACGUCGUCGAGGGCUUCGGCCGCUACGACGGCAACCUCGACAUCGCAGUCCAGCUCCACCUCUACCGCGUCCGCUGUACCCGCUUCAUCUGCAGCCCCGGCAUCCGUGGCCGCGUCCACUUCGUCUUCGGCAGCGGCAGCAGCUGGCACUCUGUCUUCCUCCUCGACUGCAACCCUCCCGCAGGGUAACAGCAUGAACAAGGGGGCCAUCGCCGGCGCCGUCAUUGGUGCCCUCCUCCUGCUCGCCGUCCUCUUUGCGCUUCUCCGCUGGUGUCAGUCGCGCCGACGAACGCGCGAGCUCAGCCGUAGCCAGCACCGUCUGUCUCCGCUGCGACCGCUCGCUCUGUCCGAGAAGGCCGCUGGCGGCCCCACGUCGCCCACGGACCCGCACCGCUUCUCGUCCAAGUUCCACGCCUCUGGCGAUACGCUCGAUGCCGCCACUCUUGGUCGCUACUCUGUCAGCUCCGUACGCAAGUCGGACGCCUUCAGCCCGCGCAAGUCGGAUGCCUUCUCCACGCGCGCCGCCUCGCGCAUGGACAACUACUCGCUGAACAACGUCUACAUCCCCUCCUCGGACCAGGAGCACGAGACAGAGAUCCAGGUGGUCAAGGUGCCAUUCAACCUGUUCCCCGCACCCCCCGUGCGCGAUACGUCCUCCGCAUCGCCGCCGCACUCUCCCUACUCGCCGUAUCUCUCGCUCCACCGCACAACGAGCAACCCGGAUGCCAUCCCCGCCUACCCCUCUGGCCGACCCAGCAUGGACACGCGCGCCGCGAAAGCUUCCGCCCUCACCCUGCCCCUGCCCCUCCAGCUGCCCUCGAUCAACACCUCCCCCCUCGCCUCGCCAACCAGGUCCAUGCGCCCCUCCCCCUCGACGUCGACCUUCAGAAUCCCUCGCGUCACCGUGCCCACGUACAACGACGCCGAGGACCACCUCCAGCCUCCCGGCCAGGACAGCGUCUCGCGCGCAAACAGCCUCCGAAGACUCUCGACCAGCGGCGCCACGUUCGUAUCGAUCGACGAGGAUCCGUUUGUCGACGCUGCUCAGGAGCAGCCGGCUAGCCCGAGGGAGAGGACGCUCGUGUAA